CGUACGCCAUCAUUAUUCCUAAUACAAGUGCCAGGUUGAUCGAACGUUUGAGUGUCGAUUCGGCAGAAAGAAAUUUAAGUGGGACAGAGAAGUGAAGUAGCAAUUACACGGUUAUUCAUAUAUUUAGUACAUUUUAACUAAACAAAUUAAAAAAGAUGUCUAAAGCUCCAGCUGUUGGUAUUGAUUUGGGCACAACCUACUCUUGCGUAGGUGUGUUCCAGCAUGGCAAGGUUGAGAUCAUUGCCAACGAUCAGGGUAAUCGUACCACCCCAUCUUAUGUUGCCUUCACGGAGACGGAGCGUUUGAUUGGUGACGCCGCCAAGAAUCAGGUGGCCAUGAACCCAACCCAAACUAUCUUCGAUGCUAAGCGUCUGAUUGGUCGCAAAUUUGAUGAUUCGGCUGUGCAGUCUGAUAUGAAGCACUGGCCUUUCGAGGUUGUAAGCGUUGAUGGCAAGCCCAAGAUUGAGGUUACGUACAAGGAUGAGAAGAAGACCUUCUUCCCCGAGGAGAUCUCCUCCAUGGUAUUGACCAAAAUGAAGGAAACCGCCGAGGCGUACCUUGGAAAGACGGUUACCAAUGCUGUCAUCACUGUGCCCGCCUAUUUCAACGACUCACAGCGUCAGGCGACUAAGGAUGCUGGCACCAUCGCCGGUUUGAAUGUAUUACGUAUUAUCAAUGAGCCAACUGCCGCAGCCAUUGCUUAUGGUCUGGACAAGAAGGCUGUUGGUGAGCGCAAUGUGUUGAUUUUCGAUUUGGGCGGUGGUACUUUUGAUGUCUCCAUUCUGUCGAUUGAUGACGGCAUCUUCGAGGUCAAAUCUACGGCCGGUGAUACCCAUUUGGGUGGUGAGGACUUCGACAAUCGUCUAGUCACUCACUUUGUGCAGGAGUUCAAGCGCAAGCACAAGAAGGAUCUGACUACCAACAAGCGUGCUCUGCGUCGUCUGCGCACUGCUUGCGAGCGAGCAAAGCGUACCCUUUCUUCCUCCACGCAGGCUAGCAUUGAGAUUGAUUCGCUAUUCGAGGGUACCGAUUUCUACACCUCGAUCACUCGUGCCCGUUUCGAGGAGCUUAACGCUGAUCUUUUCCGUAGCACCAUGGAUCCUGUAGAGAAGGCACUGCGUGAUGCCAAGUUGGACAAGUCAGCUAUUCACGAUAUUGUGUUGGUUGGUGGAUCCACCCGUAUCCCCAAGGUGCAGCGCCUGCUGCAGGAUCUUUUCAACGGCAAGGAGUUGAACAAGUCCAUCAACCCUGAUGAGGCUGUUGCAUACGGUGCUGCCGUUCAGGCUGCCAUUUUGCACGGUGACAAGUCGCAGGAAGUGCAGGAUUUGUUGUUGCUCGAUGUUACCCCCCUGUCGCUGGGUAUUGAGACCGCCGGCGGUGUGAUGAGCGUGCUGAUCAAGCGUAACACCACCAUCCCCACUAAGCAGACCCAGACCUUCACUACCUAUUCGGACAAUCAGCCCGGCGUGUUGAUCCAGGUCUACGAAGGCGAGCGUGCUAUGACCAAGGACAACAAUCUGUUGGGCAAAUUCGAGUUGUCGGGCAUCCCUCCCGCACCCCGCGGUGUGCCCCAGAUUGAGGUGACCUUUGACAUUGAUGCCAACGGUAUUCUGAACGUCACCGCUCUGGAGCGUUCGACUAACAAGGAGAACAAGAUUACAAUCACCAACGACAAGGGUCGUCUGUCCAAGGAGGAUAUUGAGCGCAUGGUCAACGAGGCCGAGAAGUACCGCAACGAGGACGAGAAGCAGAAGGAGACUAUCUCUGCCAAGAACGGUCUGGAGUCGUACUGCUUCAACAUGAAGGCUACCCUGGAUGAGGAAAAUCUGAAGAGCAAGAUUUCCGACUCGGAUCGCACCACUAUUAUGGAUAAGUGCAACGAGACCAUCAAGUGGCUGGAUGCCAAUCAGCUGGCCGAUAAGGAGGAAUACGAGCACCGCCAGAAGGAAUUGGAGGGUGUUUGCAAUCCAAUCAUUACCAAGCUCUACCAGAGCGCUGGUGGUGCUCCCGGAGGCAUGCCCGGCGGUAUGCCUGGUGGCAUGCCCGGAGCGGGUGCUGCUCCUGGAGCUGCUGGUGCAGGCGGUGCUGGCCCCACCAUUGAGGAGGUCGAUUAAACAACUCACCAACCACAAACCAUACCAUAAAUCAAUUUUACAUUUUACACAACUUGGAUUCUAAAUUAGAAAACUCCCAACAAUAA